UGAAUUGUAAGUUGUCUAUACAUAAUUAUAUAUUGAAGUUUUAUUUUCAAUUGCAAAACUAACAUAUAUUUCAAUUUUUCACCAGACGUCUGUAAUGUAGGUCGUCCAGGAAAGUCAAACUUAUGAAAUAAUCCAGUCAAAUGCAAAACUAACCUAUGACGACUGAAAUGUAAGUCGUCUAGCUUUUUUGGAGUUUUUUUUAACCAAACAAAAGUAGACGACUUAUUUUUCAAUCGUCUCAGAUAACAGAUUUCAAAGUCAAUUGCAAAAAUAACCUCUGCGUUGACCAGACGACUUAUAUUUUAGUCGGCUGGAAGACUUAGAUUGAAGUCGUCCGCGUCGACCUAAAUGGACGACUUCUCUGGAAGUCUACUAGACGACCUCCGUGGAUGACGCUGCGUUAAUGUUUAAUAAAUUUGCAUUUUCUCUAUAACUAUAAAAACUUUUUAACAUUUUCUUGUUAAUUCAUAUUUAUUAAUAAAUAUGUGGGCUGCUGAAUGAAAUUUAUAACUUAAUUGGUGAUAUUUAUGAGGUUACCAACAUUCACGUUAAUUAAAGUUUCUAACUGAUCCGAGAAGACUUCCGUAGAAGUCUUCUUCUACGCUAGUUUUUAAGUCUUCUACGCUAGUUUUUGAAUAACUUGUAUUUUUAAGAGUAAUAAGUAACCUCAAGAUAUGUAAAACUCAUAUUUUCAAAAUAUGUUUUUUCCCUUAGUUUUACUAAAUUUGACUAAGUUUUUCAACAUAAACUUAUAGCUCCAAGCUGUGUCUACUUCCUGGCUCUGCAAUUCGGUUACCAAUUAUUAUAGGAUCCUUAGGUGGAACCCCCAAGCUGUGUCUACUUUCUGGCUCUGUAAUUCGGUUACCGAGUCGCAAGACCAUUUAUUCUUUGAAUGCUCUUUUUCCGGUGAAGUAUGGAGGGAAACGGUCAAAGGUUUAGCGGGCGUUGGUCUCUCGACUCAAUGGUCGUCACUGUUGCAAACUCUGGUCAGGGGGUUACAAGACAGAACCGCAACAUUUAUGUUUCUGUAUUGUUUCCAAGCUGUAGCUUAUGCCAUAUGGUAUGAAAGAAACACUCGUCGUGUGGGAGAGCCCCCUACAACGGCUAGUCAACUCAUCAUAUGUUUGGAUAAGCAAAUCCGAAACAGAAUAUCCUCUUUGAGAAGGAAGUCAUGAAACAAAUAUGAAAUGGCCAUGAGAUGUGGUUUAGGAGUAGAUGAUUCUUUCAAAUUCUUCUCUAAAAUAAAUAUAGCUUUUCAAUUUACUUAGUCUGCAAAAGAUAGCAUAGUAUGUAUAAAGGUUUUUUGAAGUUAAUAAAAUUUAAAAUUCUUUAAAAAAAAAAAUAUUUCAAAAGAUCAAUAAAUUUACAAAGAACGAAACAAUAAUCACUAACAAAAAAUAAUUGAUUGUAUAAGUUAGAUAGUUUUCUAAUGGAUAUUACAUGUAUCUAAAAGAAAAGUUUGGUCUUCGGAUAUAUACAUGUAAUCUCCAAAAGCCGAACUCUAUCUUUCUCUGAUAUUUUUAGAACCAAGAUUAAAUGUAUCCAAAAAAUAAUCCAGGUAGUCCUUGUAUAAAAUCCCAUAGAAAUAUCAAUCGACAAUAGGCAAAAAGAACUUUGAUACUAAAUGAUGUUGAACAUACCCAAGAAUCUAUAAGAAAGUGAAUAGAUAGAUCCCCAGUUCAAAAGAACGCCAAGCACAAACAUUGGUUGGAAUUAAACUCAUCAAAGUCCAAUAUUUUUACAUCGGAAUUUUGAAACUUGAUGGGGGAAACCUUCAUUUAUAAACUUUGAAGUAUACUUUGAAUAAUUAGAGAGACAUGCUCAUCUUUUGCAUAUAUAAUUUAUAUAGUUGUUUAUUUGUAAUAAACCCUUAUCACUGCAUCAUUUAAAUAUUUUUAAAAAUUUAUAUGAAAUUUUAUAACUUACUAUCAAAAGUUCUUAAAUUUGGCAUAUAAUAAUCAUAAUUUUAUUAUCUAUAUAUUUUAGUUUUUAGUUUAUUGCUACUAGUUAUCUACUCUUAUUUAUAUAUUAAGCUUUCAGUAAUAUCAUUAUAAUAUUUUGUAGUAAAAUUUAAUUAUAUAUAAAAACUAGUAAUUGCAAAAGUUCAAUCUGGGACAAAAUUUUAUAAAACUAUCUUAUUUAACUAAAAAUGUUACAUGUAUAUUAUUUCAAUCCAACUGUUUAAAAUCAACUUUAACCUAAAAUAGUCUCUAUCCUUUCUCUCCUCUCCCCAAAAACUAAUAGUUUUAAAAUAUAUAUAAAUAAAUAAGCAAAAGAUGCAGAAUAUCUGCCACUCCUAAAUAAGAAGAAAUAAAAAAAAUCUUCAUUUACCAAUAAUAUUAUAAAAUUAUAUAUUUUUUCUCUCUUUUAGUCUUAAAAUCUGAUUUUCCUGCUCUUGUCUCUAAAACAAUUAAUCUACCAUCUCUCUUUCUCUCUCUCUCCCUCUUUUAUUCUCUCCUGAUCAUCUUCCUUAAGGAGAGAAAAAAUGGAGGAGCCGAAAUGGCUGGAAGCUCUCUUAAGAACAAACUACUUCAACAUUUGUCCUCGACACUGUGAGACACCGCGAAAUGAAUGCAACAUGUUCUGUCUCUCUUGUCAAAACGCUGCGUUUUGCAUCUACUGCCGAACCUCCCUCCACAUUGAUCAUCCCGUCCUUCAGAUAAGAAGAUCGUCGUAUCAUAAUGUGGUUAGAGUAUCGGAGAUAGAGAAGGUAUUGGACAUAAGAGGAGUACAAAAUUAUGUCAUCAAUAGCGCGAGGGUUCUCUUCUUGAACGAGAGACCUCAGCCUAAGAAUUCAUCUCAUGGCCCCACGUCAUCCACCACCAAAACCAUUUCUUACUUCUGCGAGACUUGUUGCAGAACGCUUCUUGAUCCAGCUCGCUUCUGUUCCUUGGGUUGCAAGGUUGAAGAAAUGAGGAAGAAUAAGGAAGAUGAAGAAGAGAGAUUGCGUAAAGAAAGACAACAAGAAACGCACAAAGGCACGCAUCCUCCAACUCAUACUUCUAAUUCUAGGCGACGUAAAGGCACUCCUCAUAGAGCUCCUUUUGCCUCCUAAUUUAAUCAACCUUUUUCAAGAAAUAAAAAAAAUAAACUUUCUUUUGAUUUAUCUACUACAAUUUAAUGGUCUACCCAAAUAAACAUAGUAUAUGCGUAUUGGGUGGGUGUUUAUAUAUUCCCCAAUUUGUACAAAGUCCAGCUCACUUCUCACAAUCAUCUCACAUGGGAACAACAAUUUGUAUAAAAUAAAAUUGUAAAUUCACCUUUUUGUCAACAUUUUUAUUUAUCAUA